UCUGUGCGUUAUCCUGUGGUUCUCUGUUCACUUACUAAAACCUGAACGAGCAGUUGAUGUACAGUUGAUGGAGUCUCUGUCUCUCUCUUUCUACACGCCCCACCUCGCGUUUUCAUAAAAGAAACGACAGCUUUACUCCACUUUCCAGCUGUUUUUUUGGCUGUUCCUCUCUGCCACAGCUCGGUCAGAGGAGCUGCGCGUUCAGGACGCCAGGUGCGGAAGAUUUACGCAAAAAGGACCAAAAUGGCAAAAACUCCGACAUUCCUCGCGUCACAUUUACGGAUUUAUUAUCUCCUUUUAUUCUAUUUGAUAUCAAACCACGUGCUUGGCUCUAAUAUCUGCACGUCUCGGGGAGCUAGCACGUGUCAGCAGUGUUUGGCAGUGCACCAUUCCUGUGCCUGGUGCUUCCAAGAGGAUUUUGGGUUAAAUGGGCCAGGAGCAUCACGCUGUGACUUAAAGGAAAACCUGAUAGAAGCAGGAUGCAAUGGAGAAGAACUGGAGUAUCCCAUCAGCCAGGUGACUGUUACGGAGAACAAGCCUCUUAGCGACAAGGCCUCGGGGUCCACCACUGACGUCACGCAGAUCCAACCACAGAAAUUGCACAUCAGUCUGAGACCUGAUGACUCGCGGACAUUCACGCUGCAGGUGCGGCAGGUCGCAGACUACCCUGUGGAUCUGUACUAUCUGAUGGACUUGUCCUACUCCAUGAAUGAUGACCUAACACAGCUGAGAAAGCUGGGAAAUGGACUGGCUGAGGAGAUGAGCAAAACCACCAGUAACCUGCGUAUGGGCUUCGGUGCUUUCGUGGACAAACCUGUAUCACCGUAUAUGUACAUCUCCCCACCAGAAGCUGUGAAGAACCCAUGCUACUCGAUACCAUACAAAUGCCAGCCGCAGUUUGGCUACAGACAUGUUCUGUCUCUGACGGAUGAAGUGAGCCGCUUCACAGAGGAAGUAAAGAAGCAGAAGGUAUCUCGGAACAGAGAUGCCCCUGAAGGAGGCUUUGAUGCCAUCAUCCAGGCAGCCGUAUGCAACGAGAAGAUCGGUUGGCGUCCGGGUGCUUCUCACUUGCUGGUGUUUACCACAGAUGCCAAGACUCAUGUAGCACUGGAUGGACGCUUGGCUGGCAUUGUGCAGCCUAACGACGGCCAGUGUCACAUGGGUCCGGAUAACGUAUACAGCAUGUCCACUACAAUGGACUACCCAUCUCUGGCACUGAUCACAGAGAAGAUGUCAGAGAAUAAUAUAAAUCUCAUAUUUGCUGUGACCAGGCCUGUACUGUCACUUUACAAGAAUUACAGUGAUCUGAUACCCGGUACUGUGGUGGGGACUCUGUCUCAGGACUCACGCAAUGUGAUCCAGCUGAUCCAAGACGCCUACACUAAACUUCGAUCUAAGGUUGAGCUCGAGCUCCUGAACGUGCCUGAAGAAUUGAGCUUGUCCUUCAAUGCCACAUGUUUAAACAACGAGUUUAUCCCUGGACUCAGGUCUUGCUCUGGGCUCAAGAGAGGAGACCAGGUAUCUUUCAGUGUUGAGGUACGUGCCAGGGGCUGCCCAAAGGAGAGGACCAAAACUUUCACUAUCAAACCUGUGGGCUUCAAAGACACACUCCAGAUCACCGUUGACUUCGAGUGUGAGUGUAAGUGCCAGGCUCAGGGGCAGCCCGACAGCCCUAAGUGUCACCAAGGCAAUGGCACCUACGAGUGUGGCAUCUGCCAGUGCCAUCCAGGACGACUGGGUCCGAGGUGUGAGUGCGCCGAGGGUGAUUACAGCCUACAUGAGCAGGAUACAUGCACUGGCCCUAACAAAGUGAUCUGCAGCGGGCGCGGGGACUGUGUGUGCGGUCAGUGUGUGUGUCACAACAACGACUUUGGAAAGGUCUGGGGGAAGCGGUGCGACUGUGAUGACUUCAGCUGCCUGCGUUAUAAAGGAGAGCUGUGCUCAGGUCAUGGCACAUGCUUCUGUGGUUUCUGCCAGUGUUACCCAGACUGGUCAGGGGAAAACUGUAACUGCUCCACCCGCACAGAUACCUGCAUGUCCAGCCUGGGAUUGCUGUGUAGUGGCCGUGGUCAGUGUGUGUGUGGAAGCUGUGAGUGUACUCAACCCGGGGCUUAUGGCUCAACCUGUGACAAGUGUCCCACCUGCCCUGAUGCCUGCACUAUGAAAAAGGAUUGUGUGGAGUGUAAGCAUUUUCAGAGAGGCAGGCUCCUCGAGGAUGAGAGCUGUGCCCGAAUUUGCAGAGACGAGAUUAGGCUGGUUGAUGAUCUGGUUUUGCAUGAUAAGAAUGCCGUGAACUGCACAUACAAGGACGAGAACGAUUGUGUCCAGAGGUUCCAGUACUAUGAGGACAACAGCGGGAAGUCCAUUUUAUCUGUGGUAAAAGAGCCAGACUGCCCUAAAGGGCCUGACAUCCUGGUCGUUCUCCUCUUCGUUGCCGGAGCUAUACUAAUCCUGGGUCUCGUCGCUUUGCUCAUCUGGAAGCUGCUGGUGACGAUUCACGACCGCCGUGAGUUUGCCAAGUUCGAGGAGGAACGAGCACAAGCCAAGUGGGAAACGGGCCACAAUCCUCUCUACAAAGGUGCUACUUCUACUUUCAUGAACAUUACCUAUCGAGGAAAGGAGUGAUCAUCACUGGAGCUACCUGAGAUCAUCUUUUUUUUUUGUUUGUUUCCUUUAUGUUAUUUUCUUCCAGUUGUAGCUCUGUUGUUGUCAUUUCUGAUGUGCAGGAUGUACAUUUUCUUGUGUGUAAAUAUGACAGUUGUGUGUAGAGACAGAUAAACAUCUUGACCUAUGCCGAACCGCCUCCUUAUUUCGCUUCCUGACGAGGGGAACAUAAUUGUGAUGAAAUUCUGUGCUGUGUUUUGAAGUUGUUUCUGUCAGAGGUUACAUGUGGUAACAUUGACCUGGUAAAAUGUGGUGUCACCCAUGUAGAAAGAGCUUUUUAUGUUGUUCAAUGUUCUGUAAAUACAAAUGCAUAUGUUAAGUAUGGAAUAGAACACUUAAAUAGGAAAAUAACUGAUGAUGGGUUGGUGUGAAGUGUGAUUAUUUUCCAGAAACAGUCCAUCUGGAAGUGUGUUAUUCCUCUUAUACCACAGCAAUUUUUUUUUUUUUAAUGUACUAAAGAUCUUCCAGAAAAACUUUACCUCUGCCUGUUACAAAAGCACUGACACUGGAGACUCCUUCCACAAAUAAACAUCUCCUUGCCUUUGUU